AAAAUCUAUUCUCCCUUUUAAAAAAAAAAAUAAAAUUUCUUCACGCAUUUUCUUCCUCUAUAGUAUCUAACACUCUUGCAUGGCGAUUUGGGCUUCAGUUCGCAAAAAUUAGGGUUCUGCUGCGCUAAUCGAUCAAUUAUCAACUCCGUUUAUAGAAGAUGUGAUCUCACAGUGAUUCUCGCGUUUUUUUCGAAGCCAGUUUUUAUAAAAGAUAGUAUCGGUGAAUCUUUUUAGGGGGAUUUUUGUGGUUUGUGUGAUUUCUAGGAUUAGGGUUUUGGAAGGCAUGAAGGGGACUUUGGAUCGAACCAAGGUGGUUCUCCGGCACUUGCCGCCGGCCAUUACGGAGGCCAUGCUUGUCGAACAAGUCGACAGUGCUUUUGCUGGUCGUUACAACUGGCUUUCCUUUCGUCCCGGGAAGAGCAGUCAGAAGCAUCAGUCUUAUUCCAGAGCGUACAUAGACUUCAAGAGGCCUCAGGACGUUUUGGAGUUUGCUGAGUUCUUAAAUGGUCAUGUAUUUGUUAACGAGAAGGGGGCUCAGUUUAAAACUGUUGUUGAGUAUGCACCUUCCCAACGUGUUCCAAAGCAGUGGUCUAAAAAGGAUGGUCGUGAAGGGACUAUAUUCAAAGAUCCUGAGUAUUUGGAGUUCCUUGAAUUUCUUGCGAAGCCAGUUGAGAAUCUUCCUAGUGCAGAGAUACAAUUAGAAAGAAGGGAGGCAGAAAGAGCUGGUGUACCAAAGGGUGCUCCCAUAGUUACACCUUUAAUGGAUUUUGUUAGACAGAAAAGAGCUGCUAAGGGCAGACCACGGAGGUCAUUGUCUAAUGGGAAAUUGAGCAGAAGAGCUGGUGGGUCAUCUGGUGGAAGUCCAAGUUCAGUACCAUCCAAAAGAGGUUCUGAAAAGAGAAGGGGUUCUACUACAAUGUAUGUUCUAAGGGAUAACUUGAAAAAUGCAAGUGGCAAAGAUAAGUCAACUUACAUUCUUGUUUCCAAGAGGGAUGAUCGACAACUUUCUAAUAAGCCUGUUACUUUAGCUUCAUCUGUGGCGACUGAAAUAUCUGAAGAGGAAAGUGGAGUUUCUGGACUUAUUGAUGCUGGUAAAAAGAAAGUUCUGCUUCUGAAAGGGAAAGAGAAAGAAAUUUCUCACGUGGCUGGAAGCAUGUUAUGUCAACAGAAUGUUGUAUCUCCAAUUAAAAACAUACUUGGUUCAACUACUACCAAACAUAACUCUCGACGUGAAGGCCGAAUGAUCAGAGGCAUACUUAUAAACAAGGAUUCUCUUCAAAGCCAGUCAUCUGGAGUCCAGUCAGAUCUGCAGAUUCUGACCUCAAAUUUGGAAAAAGACAGACGACCUGCUCAGCAUUCACAUGCGCAGUUAGUUUUGAAAGAUACAAACAGUGCUUCAGAUGAUAAGGUUGUUGGGAAUGAGUUGCAUGGCAGUGAGAAGCCAGAAAGACGUAGUAGAAACAAAGAUAGACCAGAUCGCGGUGUGUGGACCCUUCGCCGUUCCGAUGGAUCAUAUGCAAGUGAUGAGUUCUUGUCAUCAUCUGCUUCUCUGUCCUCACGGAUGCCUUUAGAUUCUUCAGAAGGCAUUGGGGCUUAUGGUGAUACUAAAGUUGAUUUGUCAAAUGUUCGGAGUAUCCAAGUUAAAACUGUCACAAGUGGACGUAAUAGUUCUUUAGAUGAUGGAUCCCAUAAACAUAUUAGUCGUCGUGGAGCAGUUGCUGAUGUAUCAUCUGUUGUGAGUGAUGGGAAACCAGGGAAAAGAGGCAAUACUUCUGGCUAUGGUUCUCAUGAGAAACAAGUUUGGGUACAAAAAUCAAGUUCUGGUUCUUAGUGAAUUUUUAAAAUGCAAAUUGCUUAGUCACUUGAAUUCCGAGCAUUCAGUUGCUUUUGCUGGAGGCUGUCUUGUUUUGCUUAACCCGUGAUCAGGUGUAAUCAAUGUUUCAGCAGCAAAGUAGGGAAAGGUUCAAUUGAUCUAGAGGUUGCAGAUAUCAUUGUAAUUAAUACUUGGUUGAAGAAAUCCCGUCGUUAAUACUUGGUGGAUUGAAGAGACCUCGAUCUUAUUCAAAGAUGGCUGAGAAUAUAGGAACAAGAAAAAAAAGGUUAUCAUCAUUGUAAUCACACAGCACAACUCUUUUUCACCGCUGCAGGCCCUAGCGGAUUUUGUCCAGCUGAGGUGCUCUAAAUAUCCUCCGAUUCUUGCUAUUGACUCGGCCGGAUACCGGGAUAUUCUGAUUUUAUUGGUCGAUUACCUCCUUUAGCUGGAACUGUAAAUGUAAAUGCAGAGCUCUGCAUACUGUCUGCUUUACUGAGUUAUUACACGUGUCUUGAUGAGCAGUUCACCUUAUGUCGAGACUCUAGUUAGAUUUGUCUAUAAGCCCCCUAUACUUGAGGGCUUUAUAAAUGAGUUUGUGCAGACGAGAAGGAAAGCUGGUUGUUUUAAAUCUUGGCUGAUACACUUUCUGAUAGCCAUUAGCGUGAUUUGGGGAACAGUAAAUUAAAUGCGAGUGGAACCGAUGUGGAUUUUGUU